AUGGAGGACUCCUACGGCGGAACGAAAAACAAAACUCGAAAAAACCACGGGCCCGAUGCUCAUUCUCCUGCGCGGCUCGAAACGGACGGGCUUCACCAAUGCCCAAGGAAAGGUGCCACCCGAUCGACCUUGCCUCUGGAGGUCGGCCUUAUGGUGGCCAACCAAGCGGCCGCUGGGCGGCAUCGCGGCGACUUGCAAGAGGUCCGCUUGCAAGGCGUGUCCCAUGCUGGCGCGACUGGAUCGCAAGGCAUUGCCACUCGUUCGCCCGUCCGUCUGGCCGGGGUCGGGUUUGCUGGUCUGGGUGGUCGCUGGGCCGGUGACAACGAGAGGCUGUCGAUGAAGGACGAGUCGCCUCCUUUGCUGGUGGAGCUGUUGCCGGCUUCUUUGCUGCUCUUGCCGCCCAAUGGCCGCAGCCUUUCCGUUUGGCGAGGGGCGAGUCGUGAGCAAGAAGAGGUCGUGCCGCUGGCUCCCGAUCACAAGACCGCCUUGCGAAAGCCUCCUCUUGACCGAUCGGCAACCGGGCAGACGACAAACAUCCUCCAUCCUCCACUCAAGAGCCGUCUUCUUUCCAUCCUCCCAGAAGAAAAGACACCGAUCCACUCCCUAUCCGCGAGCCAAACAAGGCCUCGAAACAUCUGCGGCAGCAGCCUCAUCAUCAUCAUCAUCAUCAUCAUCACCAUCAUCAAUGUCGUCGUAGUCGUCGUCGUCGCCAGUCUCGCCUUAUCUUCACAAUAG